UUUAACCCACGCACGGGGCAGGGCCAACGUUCCCCAUUGGUUGACAGAGGGCCGGUGAUUUACAUCCAGCCUCUUUUUAGGGGGCUUCUGGGAGGUUUGGCUUGCAAAGCGGGAGCGCCUGGCUGCAUGUGCUGCACCCAUGGCGAGCUUCAGGUGGAUGCCGAUUCUUCUGUUGUGGAGCUGUUACUCGGGAGCCGAGGGCAACCUGCAGCCAGUCCCCAAGUUCGGAGAUGUCUAUCACGUUACAGGGGUUAUCAGCCUGCCCUAUGCUGAAAUCAAGGAGCCCUUCGAAGCCUGGUACAACCUGACCGGAGGCCAGAGCCGUAUCCAGUACUACCACGGCCAAGUGAUCACGUACCAGCUUGGCUCUCUGGAGCCAUUCGGCGCCAGUUUCAAGGUGACCCCAGAAACCACAGAAACCGAGUCGAACGUUCGGAAGUGCUUCCAGGUCAAUGGCACGGCCGGGGAUCUCAUCAGCCCGCAGAGCGUCUUCCCCCACCUGGACGGCUUCAAGCCCGUGCGGGAGGAGUUCUACAGAGGGCAGCUCUGCACCGUGCUGCAGAACGUGUCCUACUGGGGCCGGAAGAAGAACGUCUACACCCUGUGGGUGGCCAGCUCCGCCGACGGCCCCGUGCCCGUCCACUAUGAGAUGCGGGGCUUCAACAGCCUGCUGGGCUCCCACUAUGACAAGUACGAGAUCGACUACAGCGGCUUCGCCCGCAGCUACCCAGCCGAGGUCUUCAGCCUCCCACACGGUAAGCGCCCUGCUGCCCUGGUGUGACAAUGCGGUUCUGGCAGAACCCAACUGAGAGCGCCAACU